AUGCCUGUCUGGGCUGUUGUUCCUAUCGUCGCCGGCGUCGUUGCCAAGGGCCUCCAGGUCGGUCUUGAUGCCUGGGAGAGCCGUGACCUUGGUGACAAGGGCUUCGAGAUCGUUGCCCGCGUGGCCGAGUUCAACGUUGAGGACCGCCAGUCGUCCUGCUUCAGCAACGUCAAGGAGGGUGUGCCGCAGCACAUUGUCGACAGCUGCUGUAACGGCCUCUCCGGCGCAUGGGUCACUGUUAGCGGUAGUCCCAGCAAUGGUGUCAGCAUCGCUGGUCUGCCUUACGACUGCAUCCCUCUGGCCCCCUGGAUCGAUGGCACUGGUGCCGUUCCCUACGCUUGCGGCGACGACUGCAUUAAGUAUGAUGGGUUGACUCAGGACGAGUACAAUGCGCUCAAGAGCGCUUUCGAGUCAAAGGUCUAA